GUGACACAUCCCUCUCCAGUCCCUCCCUUCUCAUCCCUCCGCACCUUUACUCUCACGUGCGCUCGCAGGCACUUAGGCAGAAGUGAGCCCUGUGGCUCUGCGGAGACGAGCCUGUUGGGUUUAAAGAAGGAAACAAACAAACAGACAGAACCCUCAGGCCAAGUCCCAGCAUUAAAAUUGUUACCUUGAAGAAGCUGAGUGGAGCAGUGUGAAGAGAUGAAUGGACCGGUGGAUGGCUUGUGUGACCAUUCUCUAAGCGAGGAAGGGGCCUUCAUGUUCACUUCGGAAUCUGUAGGAGAGGGGCACCCGGAUAAGAUCUGUGACCAGAUCAGCGAUGCAGUGCUGGAUGCGCAUCUCAAGCAGGACCCCAGUGCCAAGGUGGCCUGUGAGACGGUGUGUAAGACGGGCAUGGUGCUGCUGUGCGGGGAGAUCACCUCCAUGGCCAUGGUGGACUACCAGCGGGUGGUGCGGGACACCAUCAAGCACAUCGGCUACGACGACUCAGCCAAGGGCUUUGACUUCAAGACCUGCAACGUGCUGGUGGCUUUGGAGCAGCAGUCCCCGGAUAUUGCCCAGUGUGUCCAUCUGGACAGAAACGAAGAGGAUGUCGGUGCCGGAGAUCAGGGCCUGAUGUUCGGCUACGCCACAGACGAGACGGAGGAGUGCAUGCCCCUCACCAUCAUCCUGGCGCACAGACUCAACGCCCGCAUGGCGGAACUGCGGCGCUCGGGGCAGCUCCCCUGGCUGCGGCCCGACUCCAAGACGCAGGUGACAGUGCAGUACACGCAGGACAGCGGCGCGGUCAUCCCCGUGCGCAUCCACACCAUCGUCAUCUCCGUGCAGCACAACGAAGACAUAACGCUGGAGGACAUGCGCAGGGCCCUGAAGGAGCAGGUGAUCAGGGCCGUGGUGCCGGCCCAGUACCUGGACGAGGACACCAUCUACCACCUGCAGCCCAGCGGGCGGUUUGUCAUCGGAGGCCCCCAGGGGGAUGCGGGCGUCACUGGCCGUAAGAUCAUUGUGGACACCUAUGGCGGCUGGGGGGCGCACGGCGGGGGCGCCUUCUCCGGGAAGGACUACACCAAGGUGGACCGCUCGGCCGCGUACGCUGCCCGCUGGGUGGCCAAGUCCCUGGUGAAGGCGGGGCUCUGCCGGAGAGUGCUUGUGCAGGUGUCCUAUGCCAUUGGUGUGGCCGAGCCACUGUCCAUUUCCAUCUUCACCUACGGAACCUCCCAGAAGACAGAGAAAGAGCUGCUGGAUGUGGUCAACAAGAACUUUGACCUUCGGCCUGGCGUCAUCGUCAGGGACUUGGAUUUGAAGAAGCCCAUCUACCAGAAGACGGCAUGCUAUGGCCAUUUCGGAAGAAGCGAGUUCCCCUGGGAAGUUCCGAAAAAGCUUGUGUUUUAGUGCCGGUGGGACCGGGCCUGGCCGCACCGUGGAGGCAUCUGGGUGGAACAGAGCCGUGUUCCUCUCCUCUAGGACCCCAACUCUCAGAUCUCCCGGACCCCGGGCUGGGCCUUGCCCACCCACUGCCGCUCCCCCUGGCAAAGCCAGGCCCCUCUGAUUUAGCAGGAGGAGGGGGCCUCCUGGUGCCAGGCUCAGAUCUCCUCGUGAGGAUAGUCACGAGGUUCCCCUGCCUCUCCCUCAGACCAAGGCGAUGCGAAUUUAGUGGAAAUCCCACCCGUGUCGGCAGUCAAUCCCCUCGCUCACCUUCCCCCACGGCCUGGACGCUGACCAGCCCCUGCCUCCCUGGCGUGUGCCGAGGGCAGCACACGGCACAGAUCUCAGGGCUCCGUGUGGGCCUGGGUGUGCCGGGGCUGCCCCUCACGUCUGCGGCCGUGCGGUCAGCGUCCUGAGCCCAGGCCUUCCAGAGGCCCUCCCAGGCUGGGCUUGUGGCAGGGGUGAGAGCGUCUAGUGUGUAAGGGACCGAGCUACUCGCUGAUCUCAUUUCUUCUUCACUGCAACACAGUGAGGUGACACCCUGUGUUACCUGCAUGUGUAGAUGGGGAAGCCGAAGUAGCUUUCACAGGGCCCCACAGCUGCGUGGGUCAGGGCCUAGAUGUGAGAGCGGGGGCCCAUACACCGUGUCUCCCACCGCCAGCCCCCCCACCAUCUCAUGCCAGAGACAGGGCUGAGCAAUGACCAAGCGGAUUGAGAUGAGGCUGUGACCUCUGUCCUGAAGACCUGAGGUUGCUGGGAAUUAGGGGAUUAACCCCUUGGGGAGCCCUGGGCCAUGAUCUGCAGAGUCAGGACAGAACCAGAGGGGUGUUUCCUUUGCCUCUUUCAUUUCAGAAGACAGUUCGGGGUGCGCUGGCUAUCCUGGCCCACGGGGCUGGGCUGGAGUUGGGAAUUAAGAGGCAACGGUAUAAUCCCAGCCCCUGACCACUCAGGGACAUGCAGGGCUGGACCUGUGGCCCCCGGGGGUAAGGGUCCAAGGCCAGUCCUGUCCCAUUGGGCUUCCUAGAGCAGGAGCAGGAGCUUGUCCCGUAAACAAGGGAUGGAACCCUGUGUCCUCCACGGCUUUCUCUCUCUCUGGCCCCUUUGUAACCCCUGCAGUCUGAGUGCUGUUGGAAUAAGUGGGUGAGCCCUUCAGACCCCCCUUUCCAGAGAGGACAGCCCUAAGGCCCGAAUAUCAAAUGUUAAAUGGUGACUCAA